AUGCUCAAGAACCCGAACACCGCUGCCGCCGACCUGUUCUCGGCCGAGGUGGUGGAGAAGGCGAUCUCCGCGAUGCGGGGCAACAGCCUCCAGGUGCCGACGCCUGCCGAGCUGCGCCAGCGGAUAUUCGCGGUGUACCGCACUUUGUACGCCAGGAUCACACGGAAGGCUGCGAGCGACGGGUUCGCGCGCUACGGCCUCGACGCAGGCCUCCGCGAGGCCGACCAGGAGAAAGGCAUGUUGAAGGUAAAGAAGGAACACCACGGCAUUCACACAGAGAUGCUUCGCUACAAUUGGAUCGUGCGCGACUAUGUUGGCUUCGAGAACAGGCGGCUGCACAGCAACAGUGAUCUACUCAGUAUCCUUUUCACAGAUCACUUGCAGCUCGACCCGAAGGCCGUGGCCAAAGUGGAAAAGGCCUCGAGGAAGCACAUCAGCCGCAUGCGAAAGGAGGAGGACACCAAGAACAAGGAGCUGAGAAAAGGGCUGGAAAAAGCGGGAGUGCCAGUGAGGGCGUUGGUAGACAUGUGA